AUGGUUGGAGAGUGGAGCUCAAGGAAGGAGGAGCAAGAGACACUCCAGGAGGUAGCAGCCAGAAUAAUUCAAAGGGCCUGGAGAAGCCAUGCCAGAGAAGUCUUCAAGUAUCUCAAAGAGCUGAUUUUCUACUGGAAACAGCAGGAUCCAAAGACCAUCCUCAAAACUGUCAAUCCUUAAGAGAUACCAGAAAUUACAAACUCUAUAAAAUAAAAGCAAAUCAAACAAAAAUGAAUUGAGAUUUUGCUGUGGCAGGCUGAGCUGCUGGGUGCUGCAGCUGGAGUGUUUAUCAGAUUUUGUCUUGGAGGGAUCAACUUUGCUCCCAAUAUCUUUUACAAGAUCUUCACCUAUCGGCCCAUCACUGAUGUUGAGCCUGCUGAGAUCGGUGCUGACAAAAAAAUGGACUUUCAUUAUUCCAAGUUGCAGCAGAAGCAGGAUUUAGAGAGGUGGAGGAAGAGAAAGAAAAUUGAAUGGCUGAAGCAGAUGUAUAAAGAAGGUCGUCUACAGGACCAUGCAGAGAAAAGACACAUGGCGACCCUGGCUGGCAACCUGUACAGGAUUUCUUCUAAGACCAAUGGGCAGCAGAAAUUACUCAUGUAA